AUGGAAAGCUCCCACCGCCCCAAGCGAACCAGCAAUGCCUGCCAACGCUGUCGCUCCCGUAAGGUCAAGUGCUCCGGUUCCCAGCCCUGCGACAAAUGCUGCCAGCGUCGCGAGGACUGCGUCUUCGAGGAGGACCGCAAGAUUGUCGUUUCCGAAGAACUCUUCUUAUCCCUGAAGCGCAAGGUUGAGGCUUUGGAGAGCCAGAGCUCGUCCUCGGCGGUCAAACGACGCCGCACCUUGACCAUCCCCAGUAUCAAUGACUCCAGCUUCGAACACCCACCCGAACCACAAGAAGCGACCCCCGAUCCCACCGAGAGCACGCGAUACGACGAUCGGUUUGCCUCCAACCCUCUCGUCUCCCCAGCCGGAUACGUCAAGCACACAGGACCGCAACCGCGAACAUGGUUGUUUCUCGGUCCCACGUCGACGUGGUCCUUCAGCCGGCGCGUCCUCAACAUCGUCCAGGCCCAGAUCUCCCCAGACAGCUCGCAACCCAUCCCUCUCGCGGUCGACGGCGACGCUUACCAAGUCCAGUGGCGCCAUGCCAGCUCCGACGAACACCCCGAUAUCAGCGGACUGCCAUCCCUGGAGCACGCGCUGUACAUGGUCAGCACCGUGCAGUUCCACUUCAGCCACCUGUACCGGCUGUUCGACGAGGAGGAUUUCCUCCAUCAUCUUUAUGAAUUCUACGAUGACGCCGCGACAAAGGUGCAGGAGUCGCGUCUGUGGUACGUGCAGUUCCUUGUGAUACUCGCGUUCGGGGAGGCGUUCCUCGACCCGCUGCGCAAGGCACCCAACACAGCCAGCUGGACCAGAUACUUCUCGAGAGCGAUGUCGCUGCUUCCGGAUAUCACAGGGCUGUGGCAGAAUCCCACCCUGGCUAUCGAGGUGCUUGCGCUAAUUGCGCUGUACUUUCACUCGGUGGACAUGAGAGACACCGCAUACUGCUAUAUCGGGCACUCAAUGAGGAUGGCCCUGGUCGAGGGCUUUCAUCGCGCCCAGCCCGUGGAGCAGCUAGGACAGAAGUUAGUAAACAGGUGGAGCAACAUCUGGUGGACGGUAUAUAUUCUCGACCGGCAGUUCUCGUCGCUGAUCGGGUCGCCAAACUCGGUAAGAGACGACGAGAUCACAUCCUUCCUAUGGGACCCUCAAACCUGCUCUCAGAACGAGGCUGCUUUAGGCCUCCACGUCAAGAUCACGCAGGUUAUCUCCCGCGUCCUAAACACGGUAUACAGCGCCGACGGCACACUCGGGGGGGCCUUCCUGCGCAAAGUCCGGUCGGUCCUGCACGAAGUGACCACUCUGUCGCGGGAACUGGACGAGGUGUUCUCGCACCGCUUCGCCAGUUCAGUAGACGCCCUCUCAGGGGUCACCACUCGUCUGAUCCUCUCAUGCCAUUUGUGUAUCAUCGUCACCACGCGACCGCUCGUGCUGAGCCUCCUCUGGGAGCGUCUGAGCUGUUUCGAAGCCGGCACUGAGUUCCGCACGCUUUCUCCCCCAGUCCAGGCGCUGCUUCAGGCCUGCACCGAUUCCGCCCUCAAAUCCUUGAAAAUCCUGACUGCGCUCCGCGACCAAAGGCUCCUAGAAACCUUCCUCCCAUUUGACCUUGAAACUCUCUUCUCCUCCGGCUUCAUCCUCUCCCUAGUGUCUGCCAUCCUCCCGGACACCGUCCCCGACCCCAGCCACCGCGACACAAGCUACAGCCUCCUCAACGCGAUGAUCGACCGCGGCAACCGCGUCGCGCAGCUCCGCAAAUCCGAGAUCGAGCUGCUCGAGGACCUGAUCCAGCCGCUAGUCCAGCGACAGACAGGGCCCCGGUAUCAUCGCCUGACGCCGGCGCGCGUCUCCGAUCUGCCCGAAACAGGGGGCGCGGGGGCCGGGCUUCCGCCCCCACCGGUUCUCUCGGAGGAGGAUGACCUGCCGCUUGAUUGGCGGGGGUUUGGGCUGUCGCUGGACUGCAUGAUCAGUGCGACGGAUUUGUUGAGUACGGAGCAUUUGGUGUUGGAUGCGGAGAGGGGAGGGGAGGAUUUGUGGUUGUGGGAUAGCUAG